AUGGCGCGUGCUAUGCACUUGAGAGUCCUAUACACUUGCAAAGUAGGCCGCUUCUCGCAGCAGCACCUUCCAAGGCCGUGGAGCUUCGCGGCGGACUCGGGAGAUCCGGACCCCUUCGCCAAUGAAGACGCCGACGCCGCUGGCGCUGGCGAGGGGCCGACGGUAAGAUCGACGCGCGCCGCCGACGAGCCCUGGGCGACGGGGUUCGGCGGGGAGGACGGCGAGAAUGGCGACGUGUUCGAGGGGAUCUACAAGGAGGCUGCUUCGGCGGCCCCCGCUCGCGGAGAGUCGGCUCCGGCCGGCAAUGACGAGCAGUGGACGCUGAGUGGGGACGACGAGGAGAAGGAUCCUUUUGCCGCGGCCGUGCUUGGGGAGGGGAUCGAGGGGAUCCAAAGUGAGGGUGCUGGGCUCGAUGACCUCGAUGCUGGGGAGGACCCUGAGGAUGAGCUGAAGCGGCAGCAGAACAAGGCGAGGGAGAAGGAGCUGAUGGAGAUACUCAAAGGUCCAAAUCGUGCUUUUGGUGAUCUCAUUGCGGCCUCUGGGAUCACAGAGGGAAUGAUUGAUAGUUUGAUCCUCUUGAAGGAUGUCACAGACAUUCCCGGAUUGCCUCCCCUAAGUGAAAUAGAAGAUGAAGCUAUCAAGAAAUUGAAUGCAACAUCAAGCAGAGCUGAAGUUGAGCGCCAAAAGCAAGAGGACAUUGCUAAGGCACGAGUAAGACAGGUUGAUGAGAAAGGAAGGGCUUAUGGAACAGGGAAAAGGAAAUGCAGCAUUGCUCGUGUUUGGAUUAAUCCUGGUGAUGGUAAAUUCAUUGUUAACGAAAAGGAGUUUGAUGCUUACUUCCCAAUCCUGGACCAUAGAGCUGAACUUCUACGUCCAUUUACUGUGACCAACUCUUUGGGGCGUUGGGAUGUGACCUGUACCGUUAAAGGUGGUGGCGUAUCAGGACAAGUUGGAGCUAUCCGCUUAGGGAUCAGCAGGGCCUUGCAGAAUUCGGAACCAGGACUGCGGCCAUAUCUCAAAGCAGCUGGAUAUUUGACGAGAGAUUCACGUGUGGUUGAAAGGAAAAAGCCUGGAAAGGCGAAAGCAAGAAAGAGCUUCCAGUGGGUCAAGCGGUCUCUGCCCUUUGUUGUGGGUUUUCUAGUCAACACGGAUCACUUGAUCUGCUGUUAUUUUCUGGAAGGUCCUUUUCAGCUUGAUUCUGAAAUACUCCAGCUUGUAUCGAUACGAGGACCAUGCUACACCUUGGAUUCUGUUUCUGAAACGAUGAAACAGCAAAUUGAUCUAGAAAAUAUCGUUGACCAAAUCAAGAUCGAGAAGUUGCUUUGCAAUGGGCUGCCAAUAAAACAGGCUUGUGCCAAUGAGACUAAAUGUUCAGCUCAGAAGGAAAAACCCUUCUCGUCCCUUAGGAUUUAA